AUGCCCCUGCUGCCCGCUGCGUUCAUCAGCAGCAUGCUCUAUUUCCAGAUGGUGAUCAUGGCAGGGACGGUGAUGUUGGCGUACUACUUCGAAUACACAGACACGUUCACUGUGAACGUGCAGGGAUUCUUCUGCCACGACAGCUCCUACCGCAAGCCCUAUCCGGGCCCAGAGGACAGCAGCGCUGUGCCCCCUGUGCUCCUCUACUCGCUGGCCGCUGGCGUCCCGGUGCUCGUGAUAAUAGUCGGAGAAACUGCCGUGUUUUGCCUACAGUUAGCCACAAGGGAUUUUGAAAACCAGGAAAAAACUAUUUUAACUGGAGACUGUUGCUAUAUAAACCCACUGGUACGCCGAACUGUCCGAUUUCUUGGAAUUUAUACGUUUGGACUGUUUGCUACUGAUAUCUUUGUAAAUGCUGGACAAGUGGUCACAGGCAACCUGGCUCCACACUUUCUGGCCUUGUGUAAGCCCAAUUACACAGCUCUUGGUUGUCAACAGUACACACAGUUCAUCAGUGGGGAGGAAGCGUGCACCGGCAACCCAGAUCUCAUCAUGCGAGCAAGGAAAACCUUCCCAUCCAAAGAAGCUGCCCUCAGCGUCUAUGCUGCCAUGUAUCUGACGAUGUACAUUACAAACACUAUCAAAGCCAAAGGCACCAGACUUGCUAAGCCUGUUCUAUGCUUGGGAUUAAUGUGCUUGGCCUUUCUUACUGGACUCAACAGAGUAGCAGAAUAUCGAAAUCAUUGGUCGGAUGUGAUAGCGGGCUUUCUAGUUGGGAUAUCUAUAGCAGUAUUUCUGGUUGUGUGCGUGGUAAAUAAUUUCAAAGGAAGACAACCAGAAAAUGGGCACAUGCACAGGGAGAGUGUGGCCCGGAUGCCGAUGAUCAACAUUCCUCGAGUAGAAAGCCCUUUGGAAAAGGUAGCAUCUGUGCAGAUAUUGUUUGAAACAGCAGGUCCAGGUCUCAGUGGGUGUCCCUGUGAGCAAGAAGUCAAGUGCUUUCCAAAAAUUGCUCUUGCAACUUCUGUGAACCAGAUAGGGUCUAAAUCAAGGAAUAAUGGUCUUACCAAUGGUCAAGAAGUGCUUGCAUUGGGAGUGAACCAGCUGUGCUGGCAAUUCUUUGCCAGGGAGGAAAAGGAAUCAGCCUGCAGUAUCAGCGGUGCAGCAUCAGUAGCUCAUGCUGCAAGCUGGAGCCUAGGAGCUCAGGAUGCUGUUACUAUUGUAGAUCCCUUCUUCACAGCUGAAGCUGAGAGCUCUGUGUGGCUUUCUGGGACUAUUCUGGCUUGGGCAUUUGCAGCCUUCCCAGUCGCAUCUCUGGCUUUCCAAUCUCUUACCUCCUUGCUCUCAACUCUUCAUCACUCUUUGCCUCCCAGAAGUCUCUGCUCCCAGGUGCUCACCUGA